GCGACGCGGGGACGGUGAUGGCAGUGCCGCGGCUGGAGCUGAACCUAGUGCGGCUACUGUGCCGCUGCGAGGCGCUGGCGGCCGAGAAGCGCGACCCGAGCGAGUGGCGCCUGGAGAAGUAUGUAGCUGCCCUGGAAGAAAUGCUCCAAGCCUUGAAGGAACAGCCCAGUAAACCUGCCCCUGAAAUGCUUAAUGAGUAUUCUAGAAAAGUGGACUUUUUAAAAGGAAUGUUAGAGGCUGAAAAACUGUCAUCUUCCUCGGAGAAAGCCCUAGCCAACCAGUUCUUGGCCCCAGGACGCACACCCACCACCACCAAAGAGCGGGUGCCAGCCACCAAGACGGUGCACCUGCAGACUAGGGCUCGGUACACAGGCGAGAUGAGGAGUGAGCUGCUGGGCACGGAGUCCUCGGCAACCAGUGGUUCUGGGGACCUAAACUUAAGGAAACGAACGGGCCUUGGGACAGAUGAGAAGCAGUCAGCUGCUGAGCUCGACGCUGUGCUGCAGCAUCACCACAGUGUCCAGGAAAAGCUGGCCGAGGAGAUGUUGAGUUUGGCCCGAAGUCUGAAGAACAACACUCUGGCGGCACAGAAUGUUAUUAAACAAGAUAAUCAGACACUCUCCCAUUCCAUCAAGAUGGCGGACCAGAACUUUGAGAAACUGAAGACGGAGUCAGAGAGGCUAGAACAGCAUGCCAAGAAGUCAGUCAACUGGCUCCUGUGGAUCAUGCUCAUCUUUGUCUGUUUCAUCUUCAUCAGCAUGAUCCUCUUCAUCAGGAUCUUCCCGAAGUUAAAAUGAAGCCAGGGGCUGGCCAGCUGGCACGUGGACAAGAGUUGGGGGGAAGUAGGGGCAGGUCUGGACUUCAGAAACAAUCAUUUGCCUCCCAGAGUUUCCUUCCAAACACUCGGGAACAUAGGGCAGGAGGGUCUUCCUCAAAAGGAGGAGAAUAAAAUGACGUCUCCAUACUUUCA